GGAAAAACCUAGGAAUAAAAAGUUUAGGUCUAUCAGCCACUUGAACAUUCUAAAGCUUUCCAAAGACCCAUCUCUCGCGAUAGCUUCAAAUUUCGACCCUCGAGCUCUCAAAUUUCCUCAAUUUGUUCAGAGAACUAUCGUCUACGCUUUACGACUUUCUUCUGUAUAUAAUUCACAAUGGCCACCGCUAUUCGAUCAAUCAAGUCCCUCGUGCCUCUCCUGGACCGCGUACUGAUCCAGCGAAUCAAGGCUGAUACUAAGACCGCCAGCGGCAUCUUCCUGCCCGAAUCGAGCGUCAAGGAACUCAAUGAGGGCAGAGUUUUAGCUGUUGGCCCCGGUGCGUUGAACAAGGAAGGACAGCGUGUGCCGAUGGGCGUAUCCCAGGGAGAUAGAGUAUUGAUCCCUCAGUACGGAGGCGCCCCCGUCAAGGUAGGCGAGGAGGAGUACCACCUCUUCCGCGACAGCGAAAUCCUAGCCAAGAUCAACGAGUAAUUAUGAAACGAUACCCACGAUUCACGACACUGGUGUACCAUAGCAUGUACAAAAAAAGGCAUAUAAAAGAGCUCGGGUCACGCUUUGCAUAGCGCGAGGUAACUUACGGUGGCUGGAGGGGGAAAGGCGUCUUUAGUAAGGCUCUUAUAUCACUUGCAGGAAUAAUUUACCUACCUAGGUAGUCUCGCAGGAUCUGGAUUCAGCUUACUUACAGACUGUACACAGACUGGUCUUGUCUUCUCAUCCCGUAAACCUAGAGAACUAAUUGCCGGGUUUCACAGCGUCGAGUCUAAAGCAUUCCACUUCACCUCCGUCAAUCAGGUCUCUGUUCUCCCGCGGCCGGUACUUACCUGUUAUCUCGGAUGUCGACUAAAAACCAAGACCCUACAACUAACCGCAACACCCAAAAUACUAUCAAAGUAAUAGUUUCGCUUGAUCUCUAUAUGAGGCAGCCUCUGAAUCCACGGAAAACCUAGUGCCAAGCAUACAUGUCGAAAGCCAGCUAAUCCUCCGAGUGCCUCCCUACGCACUAGGGCACUUCUGUUAGCAUCAAAAACUAACUAACCGGGCCACAGAGGUUCAAAAUAGAGCC